UUAUUCUGACAAAGUAAAAGAUCGGAGUUCAAAAUUAUUUAAUUCAUUGAAUAUUGAUGAACAUCAUAAACAUGAAUCAUGAAUGUUUAUUUUUGUUUAUCCGUCUCCACGAGUAGUUGAACAAAGAUUUGGUUUUAAAAGGAUUUCCCAAGUAUAAUCUUGGUUAUAAAUAUUGCAAGAUUACAACAGUGCUCUACCUAUAAAAGGUACCAAAGCAAUAUCAAUUCAUUCAUUGGCCUACAUUAUCAGCUGUUCAGAUAACUAGUAACAAAAGUGAUGAAUACAUAACUAGCCAUCUAUAACACUCACUAUCAUCAGUGUUUACGAUGCUACCCACUAGUGUAGUGGUCACCUCCAUAAAAUGUUUAUUAUUAUUAACAACUGCUACUGUGUAUGGACAGGAUAUAAACUACUUGAGUACCUUUAAGGAUUACUUAAAUAGUCAAGUGAAUCAGCCCUAUGUGUACGAAGAUGCAUUGCUGUUAAACCAACAGGAUUCGGGCGAUAACGUCAUAAUAGAGGUAAACUUCAAAGUGAGUGAGAAAAGCAACCCCAAGUCGUUUAAGCUUCUGAAAUGCACAGCGACCAUCGCGAGCGACCAAGAUGGCGGAUUGAGUCUGCCGGAGGGCCACCACUGCCAAGAAGACCUGGCGGUGGCGCGGUACAACGUCACUGACAACGUGGAUGGACAGGACCAGGCUGAGGAAGCCUCCACGGAGGUUAUACAUGAGAUACUCGUGGAACUCGACAAUGAGGUUCAGUCUGAUACUGCUGUGACGUCAGGCGAGCAGUUCGUGGCGGUGCCGCGGCAGUCGCCCGAAGCGCCCUGCAUCGGGUGCUCCUCCAUAGUGAACACCUCGGCCGCCGGGGUCACUGACCUGGCGCGGCUGGCCGUGGCUGAUCUGAACCGCCACGUCACCAACGCCACCCACACCCUGGACCAAGUGCUGCGAGUCGAGAGGCAGGUUCAGGUAAAUGGCGUCCGCUACAUAAUGACGCUUGCCGUCGAUUAUAUCGACACCAAUCAGGAGAGUGGGAGUAAAACUUGCAAAAUCUCAAUUUUAGAGAAACCAUGGGUCAAACGCUUGGAUGGGUCCAAAUAUAGAGCAGUGCUGUCUAAUAACUGCACAGAAGAGUGGAUCUAUGACGUCAACAAUGAUAAUAACAAUGACGAGGAUAAUAUAAAAGCCAUUCACACGGUCGAAGCUCAGGCUGCACCAUCCACCGAAAGAACCCUGACUGAUGAAGAACUCAAACUACUUGAAGAUCAAAUUAUCCCCAACACACAAGACAAACUUCAAGAAAAUGUUCCUACAACUACUGAAACUCAAACAUCUGCUACGGAGAAAGUCCAAAACGUAUUUGAAGUAAAUUCGUCCCCUGAUCUUUACAACAAGGAAGAAACUGGCGAAAAUAGAGAGCCAGUUUUAACCAAAGAAAAACAGGAAGUCAUCGACGGAUUGAUGAAUUUCUUUGAUGAUCGAGAUGAUUUAGUUAAUUUGGAAAAAAAUCUGUUGCGUCGACAAACUCUACAAAAACGAGAUGUGGCGAAUGAAAAUAUAAACUCGGUGGAUAAGGUGCAAAGUCAUCCCAAAAUCAAAUUCGUCGGCGCCCCCGCCACCGUAGACCCCAGUGAUCCGAAAUACCGUGUCAUUGCCGAAAAAUCUUUGAAGAAAUACACCGCAGACACAGGGCUAGGCUCGGAGUACUCCGUGCUGUCCGUGGAGCGUGCGUCGACGCAGCUGGUGGCUGGCACGCUCACUAGAGUGGACUUCACCGCCGGCGCGCGCGACCAGCCCGUGCGCUGCCACUCUGUGCUGUACGAGCGCCCGUGGGAGAACUUCGAGCAACUCAACGUCACCUGUGACUUUCACAACCUAAAGAAACGGGAAAUGCCGGGUGCUCCUCAAGCGUUGAAUGUGAGCGACCCAAAAUACCACGCUUUAGCCGUGGAGGCUCUGGCCAAGUACACGCUGGACAGCGGGGACCCGACCCCGUACCAGGUGGUGUCGGUGCUGAGCGGCACUAAGCAGGUGGUGGCGGGGUCAUCGACCAGGCUGGUGUUCGCGGUGCGCGCCGCGCCGGCCGGGCCCGCGACCGCCACCUGCGAGGCCGUGGUGUGGGAACAACCGUGGAGGAAAUUCAAGGAAAUCAAUGUCACCUGCAAUUUGAAAAACCGACAGAAACGUGAAGCGCCAAAUGAUCAAGAGUCUGUUGAAAAACACCAAACCAUAGUGCGAAAUCAUCCCGAAAUCAACUUCGUCGGCGCCCCCGCCACCGUAGACCCCAGUGAUCCGAAAUACCGAGUCAUUGCGGAGAAAUCUUUGAAGAAAUACACAGCAGACACAGGGCUAGGCUCGGAGUACUCCGUGCUGUCCGUGGAGCGUGCGUCGACGCAGCUGGUGGCCGGCACGCUCACUAGAGUGGACUUCACCGCCGGCGCGCGCGACCAGCCCGUGCGCUGCCACUCCGUGCUGUACGAGCGCCCGUGGGAGAACUUCGAGCAACUCAACGUCACCUGUGACUUUCACAACCUAAAGAAACGGGGAAUGCUGGGUGCUCCUGAAGCGUUGAAUGUGAGCGACCCUAAAUACCACGCUCUAGCCGUGGAGGCUCUGGCCAAGUACACGCUGGACAGCGGGGACCCGACCCCGUACCAGGUGGUGUCGGUGCUGAGCGGCUCUGAGCAGGUGGUGGCGGGGUCAUCGACCAGGCUGGUGUUCGCGGUGCGCGCUGCGCCGACUGGGCCCGCGACCGCCACCUGCGAGGCCGUGGUGUGGGAACAACCGUGGAGGAAAUUCAAGGAGAUCAAAGUUACCUGCAAUUUGGAAAACCGACAGAAACGUGAAUCGCCAAGUGUUCAAGAGUCUGUUGAAAAACACCAAACCAUAGUGCGAAGUCAUCCCGAAAUUAACUUCGUCGGCGCCCCCGCCACCGUAGAUGCCAGUGAUCCGAAAUACCGAGUCAUUGCCGAGAAAUCUUUGAAGAAAUACACCGCAGACACAGGGCUAGGCUCGGAGUAUUCUGUGUUGUCCGUGGAGCACGCGACGACGCAGCUGGUGGCCGGCACGCUCACUACAGUGGACUUCACCGCCGGCGCGCGCGACCAGCCCGUGCGCUGCCACUCCGUGCUGUACGAGCGCCCGUGGGAGAACUUCGAGCAACUCAACGUCACCUGUGACUUUCACAACCUAAAGAAACGGGGAAUGCCGGGUGCUCCUGAAGCGUUGAAUGUGAGCGACCCAAAAUACCACGCUCUAGCCGUGGAGGCUCUGGGCAAGUACACGAUGGACAGCGGGGACACGACCCCGUACCAGGUGGUGUCGGUGCUGAGCGGCACUAAGCAGGUGGUGGCGGGGUCAUCGACCAGGCUGGUGUUCGCGGUGCGCGCCGCGCCGACUGGGCCCGCGACCGCCACCUGCGAGGCCGUGGUGUGGGAACAACCGUGGAGGAAAUUCAAAGAAAUCAAUGUCACCUGCAAUUUGAAUAACCGACAGAAACGUGAAACUCCAAACGCUCUUCCUGCUGACGAACAAAUUCUGGUUCAAGAGGCUAUUGAAAGAUACCAGCAACUAUCUAACACCAAAUACGCAUAUCGUGUCAUGAAAGUUCUCAAUGUUACCAGGCAAUCUCCAGAAGGUCUCAUCACAAAAAUGGAGUUUGAGGUUUCACCGACCAAGUGCAAAGUGACUGAUGAUAUAGCUACUAUACGUGCCUGUGAAUUACGACACACACAUGCCAAGUUGCUUUGCCUCACUACAGUCCAUCAGAACUCCCCGACGGACCAGAAAACCUUCGAUAUCAUAUGUGAGGAAAAGCAAAAGAAGCACAAACAUCCUAUCGACAACGACGAAAAUGUUCAGCAGCUGAUACAGGAAGCUAUAGACAAGUUGGAAUCAAACCAACUACAUACAAACAAGCAGCGUUUAUUACAAAUCCACAAACAUUAUACUAACGUGACGUCUACCAAAGUGACCACGAUUGAUUUCGACCUCGCCUACACGUCGUGUCUGAAGUACGAAAUCAUUGAGGAUGUAGAGAACUGCAAGUUUAUUGAUAGCAUUCCGCCGCGCCACUGCGUCGCUAGCGUAUACGAGCGGCACUGGAUGACCAACGGCAAAUACAUCGAUGUCAAUUGCGACAACGACGAGCAAGCCGUUGCUGGGGAAACUAUAGAUUCUAACGUAACCAUGGCCUUGGCAAAUGAAGCAUUGAAGCACGUGGAAGCAAAAUAUCCUCAUCCAAAUAAACAGAUAGUGGUGAAGAUUAUAUCGGCGGAGAGGCAGGUGGUGGCGGGCGUGCACUGGCGGCUGAAGAUGGAAGUGGGUCUUUCGACGUGCCCGGCGCUGACCCCGCGCGCCAACUGCCGCCGCGACUCCGAUGCGCCAACAAAAUUCUGUCGCGCCAACAUCUGGGUGCAACCCUCAGGGGACCACCCGCCCAUAUACCGCGUCUCCUGCGAAGACCAAGACGAAGCCACCACGGAAAUGUACGAGAAACUGCAGGCACAGAAACUCUUUGCAGACUUUGUAGGCACUUACAGACCUACCUAUGCGUUAGACCGGAUUGAACUUGGAAGACGAUUUGAAAUCUUCAGAGAAAACGUGAAGAAGAUGCACGAAUUGAACACACACGAGCGUGGCACGGCCACGUAUGGCGUGACUCGCUUCGCGGAUUUGACUCGGGAGGAGUUUACUAAGAGACAUCUGGGGCUGAAGCCGGAGCUCAAGGACCACAACCAGAUCCCCCGCGCGAUGGCGUCGAUACCACAAGUGGAGCUGCCUGCUGGGUUCGACUGGAGGGAGAAGGGCGCUGUGACGGAGGUGAAGAACCAGGGAGCUUGUGGCAGUUGCUGGGCGUUCAGCGUUACUGGCAACGUCGAGGGUCAAUACCAGCUGAAGACGGGCAAGCUGUUGUCUCUCUCGGAGCAAGAGCUUGUAGACUGUGACAAGCUGGACAACGGCUGCAACGGGGGGCUCCCGGACAACGCUUACAGGGCCAUAGAGCAACUGGGCGGGCUAGAAGUAGAGUCUGACUACCCAUACGACGGCGCGGAUGACAAAUGUUCGUUCAACAAGACGCUGUCCCGGGUUCAGAUCAGCGGCGCCGUCAACAUAUCUUCAGACGAGACGGAUAUGGCCAAGUGGCUCGUGCAGCAUGGGCCUAUAUCUAUUGGUAUAAACGCGAACGCGAUGCAGUUCUACGUGGGAGGAGUCUCUCACCCGUGGAAGAUGCUGUGCAACCCCAAGAACAUCGACCACGGCGUGCUCAUCGUGGGAUACGGGGUCAAACAAUACCCGCUAUUCAAGCGAACCAUGCCGUAUUGGAUCGUCAAAAACUCUUGGGGGCCGCUGUGGGGCGAGCAGGGCUACUACCGCGUGUACCGCGGCGACGGCACCUGCGGCGUCAACCAGAUGGCCAGCAGCGCGCUCAUAUAGACACGUUGUCUAUGAUUUUAUAUCACCUACGCCUAGGUCUCAGAAGGGCUAGUACGGUGCGCAUUUAAGACGUGACAAAAGUUCUCCGUCACGCUCGCUCUUGAGGCUGCUCGAUGUGAGUGAGUGUGAUGCAUAACUUAUGUCACGUCUUAAAUGCGCCCCGUGCUACUAGCCCAGGAUAAUCUUGCACUAUUUUUUUUCCAAAAUUCAUAGAAGAAAAGUUUUUUUUGUCAGUUCAGAAUGACCCCACUUUUCAAACAUCGUGUAUGGGGUAAUCGCGGCAUACUAUUUUAGUCGCAGAAUCAUAACUUAUGAGUUCAAAUGGCUCUGCGUGCAUAUGAGAUAUAAAAAUGUGCAAUGUGUUUCAGCUUAGGCAAGCACACAAGUAACAAGCGUAAUCUGCGUAAUAUGCAGCAUCUAUCGGAUUUGAUAGAGACUUAAAUCAACGAAAUAUUUAAUUAUUAUAAGAUUUAUGUUACUAUGGUGUCAGUGAUAAAUUGAAAACCCUCUACUUACAUAGUAUCAUAGUCUGAUAUAUUUCUAUGUUUUUAUUAUCCAUACUAACCUACUUAAUGUCCAUAAAAAGUGGGUCUAAACCAAAGUGUCUCCCAUGUAAAAUAAUUGUUAAAAUGCGGAUAUUUUAUAUCCUUUUUUUACAUAUUUCAUUCUCAAUUAUUGUAGUCAUAAAAAAUAGUCAAAGUUAUUUGGGAUACUCUAUGAUCAUGACAUGAAUAUUAAAUAUUUAUUCUUUCCUAUCGCUAAUACUCUCAUGCGUUCUCGAAUAUUUUCAUUAUUGUCCGGUAGUAGGAAAUAUUAAAAUUGUACUUACGUAUUGUAAGUAAACACGUAGAUGUUUAACUACUGAAAUUGCUAGUUUAUAAGCAUGACGUGUACCUUUUUAAGCUUUAAAAUAAAAAAAUAUUUUAUUUCCUAAUAA